AUUUUUUGUAAGUUAAUGGUUUUCUUAAAUUUGGGAUGGAUUUAAUAUACUCGUUGGAUGUGACUGGAGAGACGUUCUCAGAGCCUUUGGAAGUGGAUUCCGAACCUCAGGAGGAUGAACCCUCAAUUAACGUAAAGGAGUUUUCAGACUCCAAAUUAAACGUCCUAGAUGAGGAAACCAAGACUAUUCGGAUAGAUUUGGCAACCCAUAUAAGGGAUUUAUCAUCCGUUAAUCAGUCUAGUUGCCCGGAACUUUAUGAAAAAUAUCGCAAAAUUACAAUGGAUAUAAGGAAGUUUAUUUAUAAUUCAAUUAUCAGCGAGGAUUUCUGCGUUAACUUCUCUAUAUCCCGUGGAGAAUCAUCUGAUAAAGUAGAAGUUGAUGGAAAGAGCAGAGUUAACUCAGAUAACGGUAAUCUAGUAGAAAAUAUGGGUGAUAUCACACCAGAACCACUUAGUUCAGAGCUGAAAACAGCAAUGUCAAUUGAUGGACUAAACGAAGUUAUGUCAAUAGAAAUGAGGAAGUCAUUCUCACCUUCAAACUCAGUUCAGUCAAUCUCAUCAUCCUCAUCACUCUCAUCACUUAAAAAUGAGAAUCUUGAUGAUAUAGAUGAGAUAUCGCCAAGUACUAACAUGGAUUGUAUUUUACUGGAGUUGUCACCAACUAAGCUUAAUAGAACAGUUACUGAAAUGGCCCAUGUCCAGAUGAGGAGGUUCUUUUCUUCAUACCCAAAAUCGUUUAAAAUCGCCACAGGAAACGUUGGAGCAGACGUUUACGCAAUGGGUAAACGUUACUACAUCUCAUCUGAUUCCCAAAGUUCCGAUUAUAAUAUUGACAGCGCUAAGCCGUGUCACAGUCUUUUUCUAGCCCAUUUGUACCGAAGACAGCGCAGUAUAUGUUAUUACUGUGGUUUUACCAGAUGUGCCAGAAGUGCAUCCAGUAAGAACAUGUGUGAGUUCCAAAAGUGUGUAAAAUGUGUUGGUUAUCACAAAUGGAGUCGAAACUCCUGCAAAGCCAAUGGAAAACUCCUUGAACACUACUUAUCUCAGAACGACUGGCAGGGUCGCAGGAGUAACUACUGGGGCUCUGUGCCCAAACACAUCAGACAGAUGUUGCGUUGUUUCUACUGCAAUAAUGAAGGUGACGCUAAUUUCAAGUGUCAGGGUCUCUCAUGUCCCGAAGGGAAUGCUACACUAAGGAUCAGAUGUCUGGAGCUGAUGGGUGCAAACGAGUUGAAUAACGAGCGAAGGAAGACUCCACAGAACUUUCCACAUCUAAAACGGAGCAACUUUGUCUUCGACAAGGAUUUUAAAGUUAAAUGAUUUAAAUGUUGAAUAUCAUAUAGUGUGAUUA